UAGUCCUUCUGUUUCACAGCAUCAGCCAUUCAUUACUGAAGAAAGGCACAAGAUGUCCCACCACAUAGUUGGGAUGAUUCUAGUCUAUCUGCGGAUGGAUGCCUCGGAAGAAUGGAUAGAAAUCCUGCAAAGCCCAGCACAGCUGUGGCUGACUUCUGGACAGACUGCAAAGCUGGACUGUAAAAUAUCACAAGAAGAAUGGCGAAUUCGGUGGUACAAGGAACAACAGAAUGGAAUUUUACAUGGGAUUCAUCAGAGUUCUGAGUCUGAAUCUUUAGAUGGAAAAUACUCAAGUAAAGUCAAUAUUACAGCAAACAUGUUUUCUCUAAUUAUCAGUAACAUACAAAGAGAUGACUCGGGGGUUUAUUACUGUGGCCUCUCUGCCUCUGUGUAUCUACAGCCCAACUUUGGGAAUGGGACCAGACUAAUUGUCACAGAUGCUUCUAAGCCGAGACUUUCCAUCCUGGUGCCCUCCAGCCCAGAGGAUGCUGAGCUUCCCCCCGUCAUUCCUCUGCUCUGCCUGCUCUCUGAUUUCACUCCUUCCUGGAGUGAAGUUCUUUGGGACACUGGUGAGGAGGCAUCUGACAGUCAGAUGGAUGCUGGAGCCUUUGACAGGAAAGGGGUCUUUAGUGUUUGGAGCCUAAUGACAAUCCCUUCUGAGCUGUGGAACCAGGAGAUUCUUUGCACUUGUACAGCCAAAGACAGCAGCACGGGGAGAAGCAUCAAUAUUACAGUCUCCAAGGAAACAGGUCCAGUAUCCUAUCAUCAAACCUAA